CAAAGAGAUUCAUUUUCCAGGAAAUAAAAUAAAGGUUUCAGCCUCCGGUGUCCGGUCUGCUUUCAGUCUUCAGUUUAGCAAAGAAUUUGUGAACAGAUUCAGGAACAUGGCGAGUAACGAUGUAAUGAUCAAGGUUGUCGGGGACCGGUUUUGUCUCCCAUACACGACGGAGCUUUUCGUGAAGGAGAAAAUACAAUCGCCUUACAGUUCACACUAUGAUGUUUUCGACAGCACCGGAAACACUCUGCUUCGAGUCGACGGCGGUGCCAGGAACUUAAAGCGGCGAAGGGUUAUGUCGGAUCCCGCCGGCUUCCCCGUCAUCACUAUACGCGAGCAGGGUAACGGAAAAUUGCAGAAUCCAAUUUCGUGGAAACAGGAAUGGCGAAUUCACGAAGGCGAAAGCUCGGAUUCGAACCACUUUCUCUUCCGCGUAAAACGAUCGAGUGGUUCCCAUUUCCGAGACCUCGAUGUUUACUUAGGUAGCAGGGACGACCGGGGUGCCGGCGAUUUUCAUGUGACAAGGGGUAUUGGAUUUGCUUCUCUUUCGUGCAAAGUUCGGAGAGGGAACUCGAUCAUUGCCGAG